UGGUACAACUUCGAACUCAGCCAUGUUGUGGUUUUGAAUGAGGAAGAAGCGGGAGAGGUUAUCGUUUAGUGAGUUUAUACACCGUUUUUUUGUAUUUGAAGUAUUACAUUGGGUUAUUUUUGGCCCCUUGGUUAUUUAAGAAACAUCAAUUGCAUUGUAGAAUGUGGUACUCGUGAUUAAACUCAGUCAAGUGCGGAUUAAAAUCCUAGUAGCUAAAGCCACAUACAACAAGCUUGUUAGCUAGCUAGUAUAGCUAACCAGCUUUCAAGCUUGUUAGCUGUGCGAGCUAAAAAAACGAACUAAUUUCAAGGGAAGGAAGGGGGAAAGUAACCUGAUUAGUAGUGUUGGUCAACUAGCUACGAUUUACUUGCCCCGGCCGAAUGACGUUGGGUGGCUUUAUGUGCUUUUGGCUGCGCUGGCAGGCAGGUUGGAAGCAACCAUAGGGAUACAUUUUUUUCGCGGGCGGGAGGUUUUAAACUUCUCUAGCUAAACAUGUUCAAUAAAUUUUACGAAUGGAUUGGAACGGGCUUCGCUAAUCUCCGCUAUGGACUGCCAGCUCCCGACCAACAGGAUAACGUUGAUACACAUGGAAUACAACAACGGCGUCCGAUCAGGAGAAAAAGACCUAUCGACUGUUUGGAGGACGGAGAGGCUGUUGACCAAGCCCUAGCAGUGAAGAAAUUCCGGAUGGGGGAUCUUGUUGAUACAGUAAAGACUGCGGCUGAAGGGGUGAAGAGCCAUAGUGCCGAUGUGGCUUUGUGGGUACGGAACAGUGUGACCCCUACCUUGAGGAACAUACUGCCUGCUUCCCCUGGUCCUCUAGAAGAACACCCAGGGGAAGAGCCUCCAGAAGAGCCCCAACUGGAGCCCUCAACCUUUGCACCCCCUCCCUCAACUGUCUGGGAAGAAACUGAGGUCCUUGAGGUGAGGAAUUCUACUCCUCUGGAUAGGACUGUUGUUGCUCCCUCAACAACUUUGAAAUGGAAAAGCUCUAAAUCAGAGUCCUAUAGAAUUGAGAAGUCGAUGGUGGGAUCGACAGUCUGCAGACGGAAAGUUUGCAUGGCUCUUACACAUCGUGAAGCACCCAAAACAAAUGGGCACCCUGUCAGUCAGCCUCCUUCCUCCAGCAGCACCUCUAAGCCAUAUCCCUCUCUCUACCCGGGGAGGACCCACUUCAGAACACCUACAUCAAAUAGACGGUUUACCUCAGCAGGGUUAGGUACAGGAAGCGGCUCCAUCACCAGCAUGUAUGAGAAGACCUUCCCUAUCCGCGUGGUGCAGAGUCCUUCACACGGCAGCUCCUCCUACCGCCUCCUCAGAGCCAGGGCUCGCUGCACUGCACAAGAGUCUGUCUGUGAGGAGGAGAAGGAGGUGUACAGACAGCUACUGGCCAUGGUCUCAGGUGGACAGUCCUCCUCGUGUCACAACGGCAGCUCCCAUGGCUUUCCGCACUCACACAGAGACUUCACCAGCUUCCUGAAUACCAGCAGACGUCUGCUCCAGUGUUCGUCCCCUGCCGGGUCAGGAGAUGCCUCACGGGGCCCCAGUGGACCCCCAAGCCCCCGUCCAGAGUCCAGCCAGGGGUACAGCAACGUCCCCAGCCCAGGGGAGGGCUACUCCAGUGGGGCAGGGAACCAGCCAUGGGCCUCUGACUCAGACCUCAGCCCCAGGGGACAAGAGCCAGUACAGUCUGCCCCUUCCCCAGUUACCAAACUGGACACCUUUUCUCAGGACUCACAAUCAUCAGCUCAUGAUGGGGACUCCGUAAUCAUUGUGAAAGAGCAGAAGGGCAAAAGGCCAGACAGUUCAAGUGUACCAUGCUUCCAAGCUGAGCUCUGGAUCAAAGAAUUGUCUAGCAUGUACGACUUCCGUGCCCGGGAGAGACGGAGGCAGAUAGAGGGGCAGGAGGCCCUAACUGCUCAGCUGCUGCGACAGCGUAUCUCAGAUGACAGCCAGCUGGGCCACAGGGCCGUGGAGCUGCAUGUUAGAGUCCCUCUGGAGAAGGAGGUUCCUCUGGCUCCCUUCAUAGAGGAACCCAAACCCACAGAGGAGAAACCAGAGUUCCCUGAGCUCACUGAGGAUAUGGAGGGGGAGGUGGGCCGGGCGCUGACGGUAGGCAGCCAGGACGAGGUGCUGAGUGAAGGCUUCAGACUCACCAUCACACGCAAAGACCUCCAGACCCUCAGCCACCUCAACUGGCUCAACGAUGAGGUGAUCAACUUCUACAUGAACCUGCUGGUGGAGCGCAGUAAGGAUCCCAGCCUGCCGACGGUCCACACCUUCAACACCUUCUUUUUCCCCAAGCUACGCAGCGCAGGCUACUCUGCCGUACGCCGCUGGACCAAAAAGAUGGACAUCUUCUCAAUGGACGUCAUACUGGUGCCUGUCCACCUGGGGGUGCACUGGUGCCUCUCUGUAGUGGAUCUCCGUAAGAAGAGUAUCACAUACUUUGAUUCAAUGGGAGGGAACAAUGACGAAGCCUGCAGGAUACUGCUGCAAUAUCUGCAGCAGGAAAGCAAGGACAAGAAGGGCAAAGACCUGGAUACCGCAGAAUGGACUGUGCAGAGCAAGAAACGCCAUGAGAUUCCUCAGCAGAUGAACGGAAAUGACUGUGGAAUGUUCACAUGUAAAUAUGCAGAGUACGUCACCAAAGACAAGCCAAUCACAUUCACUCAAAAACACAUGCCCUACUUCAGGAGACGCAUGGUCUGGGAGAUAUUGAAUCAGAAACUGUUGUGAUGAAAUCGUGGAGAGAUUUUUGAACUGAUAGCUACAGUUUGCUCAAGGGGAGGUGUCUGCAAUGAUGAUGGUGCCUAAGACGCUGUGGCUGUUAAGCUGGAGGAGGAUUCAGCUGGUCUGCUCCUGGGUGGGAAAGAGACUCAGAACAGGGACCUAUGACCUUAAUCUGGUGGAGCUCUGAGGCCCCCCCCCCCACAAGUCCAAUCCAGUGGAGGAUUUGACUCUGCCAUCUCUAAGGAUUUGCUUAUUUGGUCUUGAGCUUGAAAGGAGGAAUGGAAUGGAAAAGCACUACCUCAUCUCAGUGUUUUAUGUUGUGGUCCACUGUCACAAGUUGGGAAGUCUGGGGUCAUUUUUUAUCACCCAGCAAAGUUUGAUUUGGUGUGGUUUUCAAUAACAAAUCAUACUCAUCAGAAAUUCUUUCUAGUGAAGUUGGACCAACCAGUAUUUUGUCACUGAUAUUUUUGUAAACUACUUAAGUACAGCUCAAAGAAAGUUUGGUGUUCUGACGCUGACACCUUAUUUUUCUAUAGUGUAUGGUUGACACCCAUACCGGGUUCACGGUUGACACCCAUACCUGGUUCAUGGUUGACACCCAUACCUGGUUCAUGGUUGACACCCAUACCGGGUUCAUGGUUGACACCCAUACCGGGUUCAUGGUUGACACCCAUACCUGGUUCAUGGUUGACACCCAUACCGGGUUUACGGUUGACACCCAUACCGGGUUGACACCCAUACCUGGUUCACGGUUGACACCCAUACCUGGUUCACGGUUGACACCCAUACCGGGUUCACGGUUGACACCCAUACCGGGUUCACGGUUGACACCCAUACCGGAGAACACAGAUGCAGUGACUUUCUUUGAUUUAUAUCUGGACACCCACAUUUGAUUGUUUUUAGCUAAAUUGAAAAUAUGCAACUGAUUAUGGUACGUGUACCAUUACCUCAGAGUAAUUUGUAAAGAGGUUGCUGUUGUAUUGUACUUUUAUUUUACCUUUUAUUUAACUAGAUAAGUUAGUUAAGAAUAAUUUCUUAUUUACAAUGAUGGACGAUGCUGGGCCAAAUUGUGCGCUGCCCUAUGAGACUCCCAAUCACGGCCGGAUGUGAUACCGCCUGGAUUCGAACCAGGGUGUCGAGUGACGACUCUAGCACUGAGAUGUAGUGCCUUGUGCCACUCGGGAGCCCCAUACUUGAGGUGACACUAAUAUCUUCAUUGGUAAUUGGACCCCAAAACAGAUAAGCUGCAGUGAUGCUUCCUUGUUCAGUUCCAAGACUAAAUUGUAACUUGAAGUUUAGUCUAUUUUGUUUAAAUAAGCAAAGCAAAAAAAAACAGUUUUGGGCUUUCGUCAGGAUAUUUUCAACAUUGUACGUACAGUUUCUUGGAUAAUGUAUUUAAUAUACAGUUUGUACCUCGAUCAAUAUUUUUUGGAAAUAAAUCAAGUAUUGUGUA